AUGAGCUCCGAGGCCGCGCUCCUAAAGGACGUGACACGGGCGCUCGCGCAGCUACGCGACGUCGCUAGCGCCGAGCACAUGGACAAAGAUGCGAUCGAGGGUAGCGUCUCGGUGCUCUUCCGGCGGACGUCGGCGUGCGUGGCGGCGUCGCGGUCGGCGGCUGAGCUCUGCUGCAGCGCGCUCUUCCAGCAGGCGUCGACCUCGGACGAUGCCGCCGACGACACGAGCCUUCUCGCGCUGCUCCAAGACACGAAGCAGUCGACACAGGCCUUCUUCUACGUCCUCGACUACCUCAGCACGUUCCUCAAGAAAUUCCAUCUGGACGUGCGCGCGGCGAUCGUGCCGUACUUGGCGCCUCUCGUGACGACGUGCCGGGUCCUCUUGACAGGCGCACUGCCCUCCAAGACACGCUGCGCCGCGUCGGAUCUCGCCAAGUACAUCAUCAAGCACUACCCACGCAGCCUUGGCCCCGCCGAGUGCCAGCUCCACGCGCUGACGUCGCUGCUCUUGGCCGAGCUCAGCGCGACCAAGUGCACGCAGUCGGCCAAAGGCGCCUUUCUCGAGCUUCUCGGUGCGCUCUUGGCGCAGUUUGCAAGCGAUAUGCACACGUACGUUCCCACGCUGCGUCACUGGAUCGAAGCCGCGCUGGAGAAGCAAUUUACGAGCUCGUCGCCAGAAAUGACGCUCAUCAGUGGCUGCUUUGUGUGUUUAAACCAGCUUCUGCGCGUCGAUCCCGUCAUGACUGUGCACCAGCGCGACCAGCUCUUCACGUACAUCCAGCGGACACUGGCGACGACGAUGGCGGGGUCCCUCACACGCCUGACGUUUGUCAAGUCGUGCCUCACGCUGCUUCGGUUCCACGCGUCGAGCUUUGAGGCCAACUUGGCGGCCGAUCCGUUCGCGCUCUACACGGGCCUGCGGUUUUGCUGUGCCCAUAGUAACAAGACGAUUCGCAAGCCCGGCUACGACGCUCUCCCCAACGUCCUCGAGACGAUCGCCCGGGCUCUAAGCGAUGCCAGCACGACGCCCGAGCCACUUCGGAAGCGAUAUUUUCAGCGCUUCUUGAAGGACUUUCUUUCGGGCUUGAACGACGCGACGAGCUUGGACGCACCGUGCUUGGCGCUGACCGGGCUGGCGGCGUUCGCGCAUAUUCUGCGCCUCUUUCUGGACGAGAAUGCUCAGCGCAAGAUCCACACCCGGCUCCUCAAGUACGGCGAAGACGUCCUCGCACUCCGCGACUCGCUCGGCUCGAAAUGGCUGCUCUUGUGCCAGUACACGCUCUGCUUUGGGCGGUUCGCGACCGAGACCGAAACACUCGAUGUCACGGUCGCGUCGUUUGCGACCGACUUGGGCUGUCGCGUGCUGGAUUUGUACCCGCACGCGGCCGUGUAUACAAAGUUCCGGGCCGAACUCGCGCUCCUCUCGCUCUUUACCGGGUUUCCGCAGAGCGUCUCGGCCGUCGUCCGCCACGGCAUGCUGCUCGUCGUGUCGCAUCAAGUCGUCGUCACCGAGACGACGCUGUUGUACCACCCUGAGACGGGCGCGCCAGACACGCGGCUGCUCUUCGUGUACGAAGCCCUCUGGAAGAAUGUCGCCAAGAAAAACAACCAUAUCUUCGACGCGUCGAUGCUGGCGCUUUUGUCGCUUCUUGAGCACUUGGACGUGCGCUAUGAGACGUCGGCGACCGAGGACAACGUGAACAGCGAGACAUCGUACCAGCCGAUCGUGCCGCGCGACCACACGAUUUUACUCAACUUGACCGAGCCCAACUUGACCGAGUUUGCCGAGCGCUGGCUCGCCGAGGCACACGCGGCGGCGGCGUUCGCGUCCUGGGUGCCUCUCUAUCUGCAGUGGAUCGUCGAUGUGGCCGGCGCGUCGCCGCUCGUCUCGGCCGUCUACCGGCUCGGGCGUCUUUGCGGCCUCGCCAUCACGGCACUUGGGUCUAGCACCGUGGCCGUCGCGAGCAUCCGUGACGUCUACAGUCGAUUCAUCUCGGACCUGGUGGUCGCCCUGGAGCACUACCAGGACGAGCUCCUCCUCUCGGCAUGCCUCUGCGUCCUCGCGACACCGAUCGAGUGGGCCGACGACGCGCAAAUCGUGCGCGCGCUACAAAAAGCGCUUGUGCUCGGAUUGCAGCAUGCGCCGACCGCUGCGAUCGCCAUGGACGUGCUCGAAACCUGGCAGGCGUCGCGGCGCCUCGAACACGCGUAUCCGGCGCUGCUGCCGCUUCUCGGACCGUACUUGGAAGCCAAUGGGCUGCCGCUCCAGCGCCGGCUCCUCCGCUGGCUUGGUUCGCUCGGUGGCCACGCGCGCUUUGUGCUACCGACGACAACUAAGUCGACCGCAGCGGCACCGCUGCUCGCGCCAUUGGAGCUCUCGCUGGGCGUCUCGGCGCUGCAGCUGCGCGUCUCGCUCUCGAAGCUCUUGCAGCCGCUCAUCGACCUCGCCCUGCAUGCGAUGGACCGUCCGACGAAAGCCGCGGCCGCCGAAGCACUACACGCGAUGGCGCUUCUCCUCUGCGGGAAGACAGCGACCUUGCCACACACCAAGAGCCACCGUAGCGAGAAGACGGUCUUCUUUGGUCAUUGGCAGCUGCUCUUGCCCGUCGUCGUGUCCCUCGCCUCGGACGCAGACAGCGUCAUCCGCGCGCUCUUCUCGACCCUUCUCUUCCAGCUCGUGCGCUGGUUCAGCGGCGUCGCCGAGCUCUACCCGUUUGAAGUGCAGUCGUUUUUGAACGCGCUGUUUCGCGCGCUCACCAACGUUGACGGCGGCGGCCGUGAAUUGGCCGCGCAGGCGAUCGCGAGCUUUCUCAAGUACGCAGCCAAGCAGCCCGCGACGUCGCUCGUCUCGGCGAGCGCUCUCUUUGACCAGCUCUUCGCCCUCUGCGGCCACCCCGGCGUGACGCACCGGCUUGGCGCUGCGCUCGCGGUCGAGCAUAUGUACCGCGACUUUCGCGAAGAUGACGCGCUCGUGCAGACGUUUGCCUUGCCGUGGACCAAGCACUUGCUGCUCGCGCUGAAGCGCCAAGACAACGGCCUUGACGCGACGCACGUGACGACGACGCCUCUCCUGCGCGCGAUCGACCACUUGGAAAAGAUCGUCGUGCGCAGCAGCACGCUGCUAUCUGCGCCACGUAAUGGCGACGCCGAGUGCGCCAGUCUCGCGCAGUUUGUGACGUGGCUGUUUCAGCAGAGUGCGAGCCCGCAAGCGGCAUUCCGGGACCGCUGCCAACGCCUCUUUAUGGUGCUCUCGCGCGCCAAUGGCACUGGCUCUCGCGCGUGGCUACAGCAGUACCUGGACACGCAUGCCGGCGUCGUCGAUACGGUCGUUGCACCGACCGAGCUCAUCGCUGCCGCCGAUCCCGAUGUCUGGUGCGACAAUCUCGCGGCGCCGACCGAGGCCGUGGCGUGGCUCGCAGCACCGACGCUCAACAACCAAAGCCUCUUGCCCGAUUCUGCGUGGGCAGCACCAAAGAAGAAGCGCCCGGCCGACGGCGACGAGAGCGUCGAGCAGCCAACUCGCCUCUGGGCAGCCGUCAAGCGGUUCGUCGACGAUGCCGGCUAUACGGGGUCGCCGGCCGCGCGGUCGCGCGCGUGGCGUGGCCUCUGCCGCCUCCUCGUGGUGCUCGUCGAGCACAAAGCUGUCGUGCCGACGCUAGCCGAGCAGUGGACUCGCACCAACUUGAGUGCGCGGGUCAUGCAUUUGCUCGUCUUGUCGCGCCUCGACCCAGCGGCCGUCGGCAUGGAACCGCUCUCGCGUGAUGCCGAAUCCGUGUGGGCGGCCUUGAGCGCCGCGUUCUUGCGCGAUCUGGCGUCGUCGAUUGCGUUCCGGUCUGUCGUGAAUCGGCUCCUCCAUCACGACGAGACGUACGCCCGAGGCCGCGUCAUGGCGAUGGCGCCGUCGCUGGCCAACGGUGUCUGCGCACUCUACCAGCGGUUGCACGCGCUGCGGUACUGGAGCGGUCUCGACGACGAAGCGUCGAUUAUCGCGGCCGAGCUCGGCGACCGUGCGCUAGCGUACUUUCUCCAGAGCCAACGGGAGCGGUCGCCCAUGACGGACCACGUCGCGUUGCACGUUCUCGAGACAGCGGUCGUUCUCGGGUGGGAUCUUCCGGGGCACCUCUUGGGCGAGACGACGCAGCAUCUAACCGCGCUGUCGCUCCCACGCCUGCAGCACCUCGUCGUCGCCCAUGCGCCGCUCUGGCUGGCGCUCACACUACGCACCCUCGUUCAUGUGCAGACGCAUCCGUCCUCGUGCCGCUGCUGGACAUGCUCUUGGCGGCUCGCGCGCCGACGAAAGCCGAAAUUGCCGCCGUCCGAUGGGACACUGCUCAGUGUGCUCGCGACGUUCCUAUCCCGUCUCGAUGGUCAGAUUGCCGACGCAUCGGCCGACUUGGCCGCCCGUGUGCACGCAUCGCUGACGUCAACGUCGACACCCGCCCCGUUCAAAACCGGGGUCUUGCACCUCGUCCCGGGCCUGGCGCGCCACGAUCGUGCGACGGCCACGACGAUGGCGGACGCGCUGCAUCACCUCGUGGUCCACGACCUCCCGCUCGUUUCGAGUGACGUGACCAAAGGCACGCUGGCCUACGACACUUACUCUGCACUCUUUUCUGCCGUCUUGUCGGCGUGCAGCGAGAGCCAUCGCGUGGCGCUGCUGCCGCCGCUGUACCCAAGUUUGAAGGAAGGCAAAUCGCACACGCUUUAUGCCGAUGUCCAACACGCCUUGGCUCACUUUGUCGCGUCGAUUCCGCUCGACGAUGUAAGCGCCACGAGCAUGGACUCGCUGCAUAUCCUCUUUGACGGGAGCGUCGAAGAGAGCGUGCGCUGGCGGGUCUUCUUGGACGUCACGCGGCCGCUCUUGCGUCGGCUGCCGGCUCCGGACGCCUUUUUCGUGCGCACGUUCCAAGGAGCGAGCGUUGUAGCGACACUCAUGCAGUCGCUCGACCGCCCCGAGACGUUUCUUCAGCGCGUCUCGCUGGGUCUUCUCGAGUGCUUGUACGACAUGGUACCGCCCGAGCGUAUUCGGUCGCACGUGAACGAGGCGUUCCUGCCAAUCGGCACGAAGAAUGGGAAGGGCAACGAGCUCACGAUGCGGCUGUGCAAGGCGGCGUCGACCAAGAUUGGGUCAACGGAGGUCGCCAUCGCUGCGUACCGGUGUCUGCUCAUGACGGUGCGCAAGACGCAGACGCAAGAGAAGUUUUACACUCAGCUGCUCUUCCCCGACACGAUGUGGAGUACGAUUCUCGCGGGCGCGGUGUUUGAGCUGACGACCGAGACGAACUGGAAGACCACGACGCGGCGAGAGGCGCUGACGACGACGCUGCAGCUCGGUGGCGCGUCGCUCUCGAGCCAGUUUCUGGAAGGCAGCAGUCUGAGCCAGACCCCCGAGACAUCAGUCUCCGUGCCGACCGAAGCACCACCACCGAUGGAUGCCGACCUGGACCUCGAACACGAUGUGGUCAACGCGCAUCCGUGCAUGCAGCCCCUUCUGCAGACGCUGGUGACGAUCGAGACGCUGUUUCAAAGCACGUGGUCGUCGUCCGUCGCACCCGCCUGGAUGGAGAAGCUUCGGACGCAGCUCCAGUUUUCUGAUGCGCUGCCCGUUCGGACGUUCAUUCUCAAGCUCGUGCUCAAUCGACCCCGCCUCUUUGCACCGUACGCCGCGGCCUGGCUCGGUCCCAUGACGGACGCGGCGAUAUCGCUGCCGCACACGGAUCAGUUUCACUACCUCUUGCGCGACGUGUGCCAUUUGCUGCUGAGUCCAGUGACCGACGACGCAACGCUGGGGCUAUGGACGACCGCGGCGCGCGCGCAUGCCUCCGACAUGUCGUCUUUUGUGAACCACUUGGUGCGCGUCAGCGUGCAUGCAUCCGCGUGGAUCUUACGCGACAACUUGUACCUGAUCGAGACUGCGCUUCGGACGUGGUCGUGCUAUGCUAUCGAUGUGCACACGAUUCUCUCGUACUUGACGGACGAGACUGGCGAGACCAAGGCGGUGGCGGCCAAGCACACGACGGGCCUCCACCUGACGGCGAUGCUCGUGUCGAUCGGGUUUCUCGAAGCGGCGCCGAACAUCCACUACCAAGCGGUGGUUCGAAGCGCCCACUUGUCGCUCGAAGAUGCGCUUCUGACGCGCAUCUCGGGGACCCACAAGGCGACGCCGGCGCUCGCUGCGGACGUGGCCGGACGACUGCUCCAUGCGCUGCCGUCCAUUGACUUGGAAGAGAAGGUCCAGCACCUGCUUGUACAGUGUUUUCAGAACGACGACAAGCCGAACCGGUGUCUCAUGGUCCUCAAGCAGCUCUCGGCGCACGUACCGUCGCUCGUACUCGACGAGGCGUGGCUGCACCGGCUCCAGUCCAUCCUGCCGCGCGUGUGGUCGAUCGACGCGCUGGCCUGCGACGCGCUCGACAUUCUCGUGCAUGCACUGCAAAGUACCAAGCUCCACGCCAACGAUGUGUUCUUCUUGCUUCGCCCGUCGCUGCCAAAAGUACUUGGGCACCGGUCGCCGCUCGUGACGCAGCGCGCGCUGGCCUUUCUCAUCGGUCUCUGGCCCGACUUGCCGGACGAGAGUCGAGCCGUGGUCGUGCACAGCGCGGACGCGAGCGUGCUGCGCAUGCACUUUGACGACGACGAGACGCGCCGUCAAUGGUUUGAGUUUCUCAUGUCGUCCGGCUACAGCCAUGUCCAUAGCGUCCAAUCAAUCCUCCUUCGCGGGCUCACGGAUGCCAACGAGUGCAUUCGGUCGGCGUGCGUCGGGUUUUGGGCGGCGCAGCUGCCAUCUGGCCACGAUCGCUUGCUGGCACUGGCGUCGGCGAAGUUUCAAUGCGGCGACAACUGGGUGCGCUACGUGCCGACGCUGUGGCUGCAAUCGAUCGAGAACGGGGCCAAUAAGCUCUUUGACGCGCCAUUGAGUGCGUCGGUCGUGUUUGAGCCCAUGCGCAUUGACACGGCGUGGGCCGCGCGGACCCAAGGAAGCCUCACGCCGCUCUUCUCCCAGGACGCGCUUACUCUCCAAAGCCAACCGGUUCUGGAGCAGCAAGCACGCCUGGUCAAGGCGACGCAAGAGCGAGCGUGGUCUCAGACGCAGUCGCAGCAGUACGUGCCGUCCACCGCGUACGCGGUUACCCACGGUAGCGUGACCAAGCGCUUCUCAGCGGCGGCACGAGCCUCGUCCGACUCGGCGCUCUCGACGUCGGUCAAGGACAAGCUCUUCUUUACGCUCCACGCCAGCCGCAUCAAGCAAUUUGCCUCGGCGCAAAAGCGCGCUCAAGUCCACCAAGGUGCUGACGUUCCCCUGUACCGAAGCUACCGCGCGGGCGAGCUGCCCGACAUUGAAAUUGCGCGGUCGGACGUUCUUCGACCCCUUCUCGCAGUUGCAGAGCUCCAUGCCCAGACGGCGACGCUGCUGCUGUGUGCGCUGCUGACAGCGUUUCUUGAGCACAUGCCGGCGACGUACGCGACCGACUUGGCCACCCAUUUGACGGGUCUUUUGGCCGCCUCGCCCGACAAGGCGGUGCUUGUCGCGAGCGUCCAAGAGUGCCUCUUGACGCUGGUCGCGGGUGGCGGGAUCGAUCCCACGAUCGUUGGUGCCGCCAGCGUCGCCUCUCUCAACGUCGUGACGGGCCAGCUCCUUCUGGAAGAGCUCGUGCUGCAGUCGCCGACGCCGUCGGCGUGGACGGAGCUCCAGCAUGUGCUCCAAGUAGUCGAGAACGAACCGCUGCGCAUGGCCGUGGCGGACGUUCUCGGCGCGAUCAAGCUCUACGACGAGGCCGAAGCCAAGCUCCAAGCCAAUGUCGCGUCGUGCUCGCCCAUGGAGCGGCAACGCUGGGCGACGGAGCGCAUGAGCUGCAUUGCGCAACUCAACAAGUGGGACGCGCUCACGUCCGAGCUCGUUCUGGAUGAUGUGUGGUCGCUGCCCGAACCGUUCCGCGGCCAGCAAGUGCGUCAUCUCGUCAUGGCAUAUGGCGCGACGGACCAAGCCGAGACGCUACUGACGCACAUGACGCCGGAGCGCGUCUCGGACGUCACGCGAACGUGUCCGGAGCUCUUUGGCUUUUUACAGCUGCAGGGCCCACGACCACAGGACGCGAUGGCGACCGUCGAGCACUUCUUCGCCGAGUGCGUGGCGCAGUGGACGAGCUUGCCGACGUGUUACCGCCUGCGCCAGUUGCAACGACUGCCGCUCAUCGUGCAUCUCGAGUCCCUCUUGUGCGUGCACGCAGCGAAGGACAUUGCUCCGUGCUUGAACCAGUGGGCCGCCGUGACGCCGCGGCUCCAAGACGAUGCGCUCUCCGUGUGGUCGGCGUACUACUGGAGUCGCACGCUCGGGUACGAGCGGUUGACCGACUUGGGCGGCGAGUGGGGCGGGCUUCCCGACUUGACCCAUGCGAUUGCGACCCUUCGCGUGCAGGACAUGCUCACGUAUGCGCACGCGGCGGUCUCGAGCAACGUGCUGGCACUCGCGUCGCGGCUCCUCAGCGACUACCGGCAGACGUGCACGAGCGCGCAGCUGCCCAAGCUGAGCGUCUACAUGGUGCAGGUGUACGUCGCGCAGGUCUCCAAGCUCGCCACGCGCACGUUGCAGCAGUCGCUACUGCAGCCACCGACUGCCCGCGCGAAAGGCCUGGCCCAAGUCGCGCAGUACUAUGUCUCGAUGCUGCGGCUGUUUGAGAACGACGAAGUCGCCGCGCUCCUACCAACAAUGCCCAUUGAUGUGCAGCGGGACGUCCGAGGUCUCCACGUGCACGCACUCGCGUCCGCGUCGAGCUUCCACCAGCAGCAUGCUGAUGCAGCCCUCGGCCGGCAGUGGGCGCUGGACGCCCUUGAGCGCUUUGACGCGGACCAGCUCCCCGGCGCGCUCUCGUCCAUGCACGGCCCCUUCCUCUCGUUUCUGGACAAGUGGGUCGAACAUGCGCCUACGGACCUUCGCCUCGGUCGGUCGUUUGUGACAAGUGUGCUCCACGGCAUGGCGAUGGCCGACGAGAUGAGUGCCAAGUAUCUUCCCCGCGUCCUCGAUCUCGUCAAAGCCCGAGGCGAGUUGCUGCCGCUUGUCACCGAGAAGAUGGCGCACGUUCCAAUGUGGACGUGUCUGCACUGGUCGGCGCAGAUCGUUGCGCUUCUACAGACGGACCCGACGCCGUUCAACGAGUUGAUUCGAAGCCUCCUCGAAAAGUUGGCCACCGAGUACCCGCGCGCGCUCUACUUUGACUUUGCCCUCACGUCCGAGUCGAUGGCGCUGGGCCCUCGCUUUGAUACUCUGCGCGCGCUGCUCAAGGAUGCGUCCAUGGAUCAGUUUGUGGCGGCGCUGAACGGGUUGCACCACCCCGAGAUUCGGUUCAAGGAAGGUGUGCGGCAAUUGCUGGACGCGAUCGAGACGCAGCCACCGGCGGUGGUGACGACGCUGGCGAAAGCACUGGUUGCCAACGUGCUGGACGGGAACGGCGACGUCCUUGGGCACUCGAACGUCGGCGCCUACAACCGGUCGUGGGCCAAGACGCACCGCAAGAGUGUCGAGGCCUUUCUGGCCAAACCCACAAAAGCGUCGCUGACGCAAGCGCGGGCGUGGAUCGCAAGCAACUUUCAAGUCAUACCUGGCAAGUACGGCAUUGACCGCCAGUGGAAAGCCAAGGUUGCCGACUUUUCCGAGUGGCUCAGCCGCUUGGACCCGACCAAGACGCGCCUUGAGCUCCCGGGCCAGUACACGUCCCGCUGGGCCAAGCCCGAGCCGACGGCGCAUGCGACCAUUUUGAGCUGCGACCCGCAGCUACUCGUGCUCGCGUCCAAGCAGCUGCCCAAGCGCAUCACGUUCCACGCGAGCAACGGCGCGUCGUACCAGUUUCUCGUCAAGGGCGGCGAAGACUUGCGGCUGGACCAGCGCAUUGAGCAGCUGUUUGAGGUCAUGAGCACCAUCUUGCAGUCGCACCCGUCGUGCCAGCGCCGAAACGACUUGGCGAUCCGAACCUACAAGGUCGUGCCCAUGACGACGCGCAUCGGGCUCGUCGAGUGGCUCGGCAACACGACAACGCUCAAGACGAGAUGCAGCUGGCAUCCAGCGCCAAGCGCGCCACGAGCUUCCACCUCCUCAGCUCUCCGUCGGGCGAAAAGUACGAGGCCUUUUGGACCAAGCAGCAGAAAAGCAAGCUUCCACGACGUCGUCCCAGCGUUUGAAGCUGCGCAAGCCCUCUUGCCACCGAGCCUCUUUCGCCGGCGACUGCUUCGGAUGGCGUCGUCGCCCGAUGCGUUCUUUACACUGCGCAGCACGUUUCAAGGAACGCUCGCGGCCUUCAACGGUGCCUCGUACAUCCUCGGCAUUGGCGACCGGCACUUGGACAAUUUUUUGCUCGACACGACCAACGGAAGCGUGAUUGGCAUCGAUUUUGGCAUCAGCUUUGGCGCCGGCGCGAGCUUGCUGCCCGUGCCCGAGCUGAUACCGUUCCGCUUCACGCGCCAAAUGGAAGGGGUGAGCGCACCGUACGACGGUCGCCACCUCUUGCAGAUGGACCUCGCCGUCGUCCUGGAGGCGUUGCGCGAGAACCAGUCGCACAUCGACAGCGUCAUGAACGUCUUCUUGCACGAGCCGCUCCUCGAGUGGCAAGCGAUGCCGAAGAAGACGCAGAAGAAGGAGCGCAAGGCGGCGGCGGCACCACAGGAAGAGGAGGCGGUCAACUUGGCCACGACCAAGAUGCGCUUGGCCCGCGACAAGCUGCUGGGAAAGCCGCCGCGCGCGAUCGUUGCCGACGAAGUUCGGCUCAACCCGCAUGUGGCACCGGUGCGCGCAGCGUUCGAGAAGCUCUUGGCGUGUGAGAAUCCGCACGCGCUCUUGUCGCCGCUCGACCAGGCGCAGGCACUCAUCGAGCUCGCGACCGACCCCAACAUCCUCGGCCGCACGUUCCAUGGCUGGAGUCCGUGGGCCUAGUCCAGCUCGUCACCAUGCAG